AUGAGAUGGCAUCGUGAGAAACCAAUGGUGAAUGGAUCUUUGUCUCAUCCAUCAGAUGCAGAAGCUUGGAAACACUUUGAUGAAGCAUGGCCUUCUUUCGCUGAAGAACCUCGAAAUGUUAGAUUAGGUUUAUGUUCGGAUGGCUUUGCUCCAUUUGAUAAAACAGGAAGGCGUUAUUCUUCAUGGCCUAUCAUUAUUACUCCUUACAAUUUGCCACCGUGGAUGUGUAUGAGAAGGGAGUUUAUGUUUUUGACCAUUUUAAUUCCUGGUCCUUCCGACCCAACGAGGAGAAUUGACGUGUAUUUACGCCCUCUGAUAGAUGAAUUGAAAAUGUUGUGGGAGGAUGGAGUCGUGACUUAUGAUGUGUUGUUGAAGCAAAAUUUUUUGAUGAAGGCGGCUGUAAUGUGGACGAUCAAUGAUUUUCCAGCAUAUGGGAUGUUAAGUGGAUGGAUGACAAUGGGAAAACGAGCUUGCCCAAUUUGCAUGGAGCGCUCUAAGGCAUUUACCCUUGAUACUAGUAAAAAGACCUCAUGGUUUGAUUGUCAUAGACAGUUUUUACCACAAGAUCAUCCGUUUAGAAGGAAUAAGACUGCAUUUACAAAAGAUACAGUUGAGACGUCAACUCCUCCGCGAAGGCUGAGCGGUGAAGAAGUGUGGGAAAUAGUUAAAGAUUUACCAAGCGUUGAGGAAUCUGUAAAACAUUAUCCUUCAGACUAUAGGGUUAAGCAUAACUGGACAAAGCGUAGUAUAUUUUGGGAACUACCGUAUUGGAAAACUCAUCUUCUUCGACAUAAUCUUGAUGUGAUGCACAUAGAGAGAAAUGUGUUUCUUAAUAUUUUGUUCACAGUAAUGGACACCAAAGGUAAGACAAAAGAUAAUUGCAAAUCUAGGAAGGACUUAGAAGCACACUGUAAGCGUAAGGGCCUAGAGCUGCAGCCUGGUAAGAAUGGUAACAUUGUAAAACCAAAGGCACCAUAUACGUUAACCAAACAACAAAGAAUAGCUGUAUGUGAAUGGGUCAAAAAUCUUAAGCUUCCGGAUGGUUAUGCUUCUAAUUUGAGUAGAUGUGUUGACUUGAAGGAAGCAAAGUUAUCUGGUAUGAAGAGUCACGAUUGCCAUGUAUUCUUGCAACGUCUUAUACCAUUAGCAUUCAAAGCCUUGCCCAAACCUAUAUUGAACACACUUACUGAAUUCAGCAACUUCUUUAGAGAAAUUACUUCAUCGUUAUUGAUGGAAGAUAAAUUGCGCAUCUUGGAGCAAAACAUCCCAAUCAUUAUGUGCAAAUUAGAACAAAUAUUUCCUCCAAGCUUCUUUGACUCAAUGGAACAUCUUCCUAUUCAUUUAGCUUAUGAAGCAAGAGUUGGCGGUCCCGUACAGUAUAGAUGGAUGUAUCCAUUCGAAAGGUUCAUACGGUCUUUAAAACAAAAGGUAACAAAUCAGGCCUAUGUUGAAGGUUCAAUGUGUAAAGAAUACCUACUGGAGGAGUCGACAACAUUUGCUUCGUAUUAUCAUCCCCUAGAUAUUUUAUCAAGGAGAACAAGAGUGCUACGGAAUGAUGAUGGAGGAGAAUCUUCUAUGAAUCCUCCGUUGUCAAUCUUUAACUAUCGAGGCCGUCCUUAUGGAAAAUGUACCACUUCUUUCAUAAAUGAUAAGGAAAUGAAAGCUGCACAUUUGUAUAUUCUUUUAAAUUGUCCCGAGGUGGCGCCUUAUAUUACCAUGUACUCCGAUAUGUUACGGGAACUCGAUCCAGAGCUUAACGAAGCAGAUUUGGACAAACAAGUAUCCACGGCAUUUCCAGCAUGGUUCAAAAGAUAUGUGCUUGAUUUCAAAAAUGCGAUAGAUGAUGCGCUUUUAAGGAGUUUGGCAUGGGGCCCAAGUAGAUCAGUCACCAAGUGGCCUAAUUAUCUUAUCAAUGGAUACAAGUUUGUGACAAAAUCUAAAAAUGAAGGGAUGAGUACAACAAAUUGCAAUGUAUGCGUUCGAGGAGGGCAAUAUGAAUCUUUGGAAAAUAAUUACUAUGGGGUUUUGACGAACAUUGUUGAGUUACAGUACACAUGCCAUCCAUCAAAAAAGGUGGUUUUAUAUCAAUGUGAUUGGUUUGAUCCUAGUUCUCAAGGGACAAGGAUAGAUAACUAUGGAAACGUUGAAAUAAAAAAAUCUAGGAGAUAUAACAAUUAUGAUCCUUUUAUAUUAGCCCAACAAGCAGAGCAAGUGUAUUUUACAUCCUUUCCUGAAGGGAAACAAGGUUGGCUCGGUGUCAUCAAAACCAAAGCACGCAGCACAAUUCAAUCUUUGGAAAAAAAUGUACCCGAAACAACUCAUGCAUACCAGGAUGAUGCUGAACAACAAAUGCCUGUGUUUGUUUCAGAUGAUGAUUUUCAACAAUGCAUUGUUGACACUAAUGGUGUAGAAGAAGAAGUAGUACCAAUCUCUGUCUUGGACCAACUUGAUUUAGAGAUAGAAGAACAAUAUGAUGAGUUUGAGGAGGAGGAGGAGGAGGAGGAGGAGGAUUAUGAAGAAGUAGAAGUAGAAGUAGAAGAUGAAAUAGAAGUGGAAGAAGAAGAAGAUGAUGAAUUUAGAAGAGGAAAAAGAAGGAGAACAAUAUGA